AUGGCGCCUUCAAACAACAACAGCAAUAAAGCCUCCCUGCGACCUGUGACUCUGACUCCUGUCGUUGACGAGAACGUCUCUGGCCGCGCACGCAGUACCAUCGCGCCAUCUUCGAAAUCAGGUGGCAAGAGUACGAACACCGCGAGCGCGAAUUCGAAGCCGCUUUCAGCAACUGGGAGGCUGAACGAGUUCAUUUGGCCUUCGCAGCGAACACCCACAGCUGCCUCAGCGGAGAAAAGCGCGGAAGGUGGGGACAAGACCCCGAGGGGGAAGACGAAGGAGCGCGGCGAGAAUGCCAGGACCUCUCCUGCUUUCCGAACCACAGGAAUCUCCACUUACAAACAAGUUGAGCCUCCCGACCAGGCUCUGAAUGCAUCUGUGAACAUAGCUGCGGGCCACUUCGAGUGCAAGGAUGGUGACAAGAUGCACGCAAAGCGCAAGGCGGGGAAAGACGACGUCAAUGCCUUUGCAUGUCGCGUCGGUAUUGCUACCGAAGAUACUUGUCACCAAACUUCGUCUCCAACAAAGCGGCCACGAGGGGGCCAGACACCUACCACUAUCGCGGGUGAAUUCACAGUAGAAUUGGGACCAGAAGUACGAACCUAUACAAAGAUUGCUUUAGACAUCUACGGAUGCUCCCACUGCGACCAGAUAGUCGUCGGGAGGGACAAGUCCGCGCAUGGCUGGCACUGUUGGAAGGGGGAUGCUGGUACGCGGUGCGAGCUCUGCGGACACGUCUCGUACGACCGCAGGAAAGACGGGCUCGAUAGCCACAAGAAAUGGGCGAUAUGCGGGGCGAAGCGCAUGGACUAUGCGCGGUCGCUGGCCCAGCUCCGGUCUGCGGUUCCGCGAAGGAUGAGAGUGCAGGCAGCUAUCGAGCGCGAGCGCAAGAACGCCGGUGCGGCCGAUAGGUCCUGCGCAGCCGCUGUUCAUGACGAUGAAGGAGUUGCCGAGGAGGACCGGUACCAUGGAGCUUAUAGUGAAGACUUGGAGGGUGAUGAUGGAGAAGGAUGCACUGAUGAAGAAGGGGAUGACGGGGACUCGGCCGCUACUGGUGGAGAACAGGAGCACGACGUGAGCACGCCGUCAUGGGACGCUGACGAGGUCCGUGGGAUCCGGUACGAGGACUAUAUACUUGAAGAUCGUCCGUGA